AUGGGUUCGCAGGGCGCAAUUCUGGAGGAGCUCGUGGAUCCCGUGCCCUGGUUCAACGACAGGGGCGAGCGGGUGUUUCGCCGUCACUCGGUGAACAGGAAGACGAUGAUGAGCACGAGGAGGGAGUGCAUGCAUGGCAUCCUCAAGGACGGCAUCAUCAAAGGCGCACGCGCCGGGGCCGUUUUCGCCGUGCCGUCGACCGUGGACAGGAAGAGCUGGGUCCUCUGGCAGAUCGGCGCGGCGACCCUCUUCGAAGCGUUAUACGACGCGUUGGCAGCGCACCCGUCCAACAAGCAAGUCCAAAUCACCCUGCAGUGCGGCGUGAAGCACGUCACCCUGGUGCGCCCCAACGCAAAGGUCUGCAUAUUGAAGUACUACCGCGACGAGCUCAACAGGAUGGUGGGCUACGGGGCCAAGACGACGUUCAUCGAGUGCUUCGCGAAAGCUUCCGAGGCCGUCAAGGGUUGGCAACAGUUCCUGGCAGAUGAGCGCAAGAAGAAGAAAGAUAUUGGCGCCCAGGAGCAGUUCGAAGAGGAUACUGGGGACGGCGACAUAGAGGAGGAAGAAGAGGAGGCGCCCCCCCAAAAGAAAGCUAGGCGCGGCAAGAAGGCGGAACCUGCGUCGACCCAACCGAGGACGCAGGCGGGGUUCAAGAACAAGCAGUGGGUCUGGGUGAGCGAGAACUUCCCCUCGGCGCGGGCGAAUCCCAACGAGCUCGUGCGAGCCAAGAUUGUGUGCGGCAAGCUCCAGGACGAACUUAAGAUGUGGAAAGACUUCGAAGCAUACUGCAUGAACUACGCAAGGUUCACGGACAGCAGCAUGUCCACGAACAAGGUUGUCAUUUGCAUGCAGGCCGUGUUGAAGUUCUUCCAGACUCAGGUCGACACUGCGAAGUACAGAGAGUUCCUCUUCGCGUGCCUGAAGCUGACGAUUCCCACAGACGAUGGGAUCCCAUGGUGUAUCCUGGAGUCUUCGGAUUGCAAGAAGCUGGACAGGCUCAAACAGAACAUGUUCGACUCGAAGGUGUUCAAGCGUGCCCGGGAGGCCGCCGACAAGGAACUAUUGGCGGCGCCAGCGGCGGUCAGGGCGGUUAGCAGCAAGAGCAGGGGCCCUAACAAGAAGACCAAGCUUCCACAGAGCAGGGUUUCGGACAGCAGCUGCACGAACGUGAACUUCAUGGACGAUGUGAUCAAUUCGCUCUAUGCGACGGUGGAGAAAGUAAAGCAGUCGAGGAUUGAGGCGGACACCAUCAACGACUUGAUAGCAUUGUGCGCGGCUUUCGGCAUCGACGGAACCUUGGCCACGUGCUACUUGGGCGACGGCGACGACGGGGAGGAGAAAGUCUUUGAUGGCAAGUACUCUGAUGUUCGUGACGCCGUCGCUGCAUACUGCGCCAAGAAGCACGACGUGGAGGACUACUCGGGGAUCGAGGAGAUGCAGCCGCAGCCCAAGGUCCAGAACGCGGAGGAGGCAGAGGUCCCAGCAGCAGAGGGGCGGGAGCAGGAACAGGAGAAGGACGAAUUGCUUGGCUUGGAAGCCGAGGCAGCGGACUCCGAGCUCAAAGCGCACUUAGAGGAUCUCAAAUCCAUCGUCAAGAAGAUGCCGAAACUCAGGAACACGUUGGCCGACUACAUCGAGUCCAACCCCACGAAUUUUCAGACGGAGGUGGAGAUGCUCAGCUCUAGCGUUGCCAUGGCCAAAUGCAAGGCUCGUUUCUGGGAUUCGUGGCGGAGGGGAUCUUAUCAAUUGUAUUACCAACGAUUUCUCAAGUACAAUCAGUGCCGCUGUCAAGGUCCUUACGGGGAAGGGCUUUGGGAACAUAUUUCCGACCUGGAUCGAUGCCUGGAGUCCCGGGGCAUCUUCUUCCUCUACAUUCUAGACAGCAUGUUGGAGUACUGGGAGUCAGCGGUCACAUCCGAGGACGGCAAGCAAGUCACCGCCCAGUUGAAGACUGCGCUUUGCUUCCUGAAAUCGAACAGGUCACAAGUCAGUUUGAAAGACGUUUCGGACAUUGGGGUGAUUGACUUCGACGAAUGUUGGGCCACGAUGAUCAUCCGGGCUAGCAGUGUGACGUCUAGCAAGCCGCCAGCACUGAAGACGACUGAAGAGUGGGAGCAGAGGAAGAGGGCGCUGACGUCCAGGCUCAGCAGAGACACCGCUCCUAAAUUGACUUUGCAAGUAAUCGAGAAGCUGAAGAUGACGCAGAAAGAAGCAAAGACACUGCGCAAGGAAGCCUCCGUGAAACUUCUGGUCGAGGCGGAGAUCACUUCGGAGAAGGAGACCGAGGAGCAGUUCCACAAGAAGCGGGGCGAUGACGUGCAGGGCUUCGUUCAAGAUAUGCUGCGCAACACGGAGACGGUCUAUGGCGAUGAGCACGGCGCAGACGACGGGGAGAAGGAUGGCGAUGGUGAAGACGCCAUUGAGAUCAGCGCCCAGGGAGAGAGCGCGGGCAGACCCAUGAAGACCAUUGAGGACUGCCAGUACGUCGGGGCCUUUCUCAACAUCAACGAUGCGUCUUGGAAAGCGGGCGCCUUGGGCCGCUUCCUCACGGACAAUAUCUUGAAGGCCUGGUACACAGGAAAGGACCUUGCGACCGAUUAUUCAUCUUCGUUGUCGGACGACGGAGUCAAUAACGUGUACAUUCGCACUGGUAAGGAAGGCAAGAUGAUGUGGAAGCAGAUGGUUUGGAUUCCCCAGCUGCUGAAGAUCAAGAAGGGGGAGGGGCCUGAGGAGGAGGUGGUGGAGGAUCAGAAGGCGAAUGAGGCGGAGGAGAAGAAUAAUGACGGUGAGGACGCGGCUGGGGCGGCUGUGCCCACAGACGCCGCCGCCGCAGCCGCCGACGGCGCAGCUGACGACAAGCCGACUGCUGCGGGGGGCGAGCAGCACGCGGCAGCUACGGCAGACAAGGGGGAUGAGGAGAGCAAGCAAGCCGACGCCACCAAGUCCGAGGCCGAGGAGAAGCAGGAGAAGGCGUCCGGAGGGGAGCUGGCAGCAUCGGGUACCGAGAAGGCGCCGCAGGCGAAGAAGCCGAGGAUCGACUUCACCAAAGAGUUGGAGCUCGCCCUGGACUCUGGCAUCGAGCCUGCGGCGCCUCAGAAGCCGAAGGAGUCGGAGAUUAUCACCGAGCUCAUCGUCAAGGGUAUUGUCAUGACGUUCGUCGGUCAGGUUGUCCUGGAGCCUUGCGACGCCGAGGCGAUGGUCCCCACGCCUACGCCUGGCGUGAAGUGCUUGUAUCUCGGCCAGGUCACGCUUUCUGGCCAAUCGUUCCUGAUCAAGAUGUUGCCGAUCGCAGCCUGGUCCAACAUCAAAGGUUCCGUCGUAGUUCCCUCUUGGACGAUCGAGCUUGGGGAGGACAAGGACGACGCCGUCAAAAUUAUGUCCGUGGUCACGGAGCGGGUGUUUCCACGGGUGCCCGCAGGGGCCGCAGGGAACACAGAGGAGCUCAGCCUGAAGUUGGACAUCCACAAGCUCGUCAUUGCAGACAAGGCCAUCGAGUCGGAGGACGCCUUCGACGAUACGCCAGUGUCUCUCCGCAGGGAGCGGAUGCCGUGGGAUCGCCCUCUCAAGGGUUCGGCUGGGUCGGGGAAUAAGGAUGAGCAGGCUGCGAACCAGAGCAAGCGGGACCGCAUUGCUCACCACCUUUUGCGCUGA